AAAAAGGGGUCAAACACCGGAACCCCGCCAAGACUCCUACAUACAAAACCCGGUAAUCCCGAUCGCCGUUUACUGAGCUCAGAAGCUGCUUUCCCUGAUAAGGUCUCAACCUCUCCACUGUCAAGAAACAGACAUUCCGCUUCAGACGUCUUAAGUUCCGAGCAGAUUGCAACACCUGAAACAUCCAACAUGGGCCGACUCACCAUCAACAGCACCAUCAAGUUGGCCAGCGGAUAUGAGAUCCCCCAGCUAGGAUUUGGUGUUUACCAGACACCGCCCAAGGACACGGCCAAAUGUGUGGCAGAGGCCUUCAAAGUGGGCUAUCGUCAUAUUGACUCGGCGGCCUUCUACCGCAACGAAGGCGCCUGCGGCGAGGCCAUGCGGGCAACCGCGUGGUCGAUCCCGCGCGACCAGAUCUUCUUCACAUCCAAGGUGCCGCCCAACAAGAUGGGCUACGAGGGCACCAAGGCGCAGGUGGACGAGUCUCUCGCCAAGUCUGGGCUGGACUACAUCGAUCUGAUGCUGCUGCACGCGCCCUACGGCGGCUCCGCCCGGCGCAAGGGCUCCUGGAAGGCCCUCGUCGAAGCCGUCGAGGCCGGCAAGGUGCGCAGCAUCGGCGUGAGCAACUACGGCGUGCACCACCUCGACGAGCUGGAGCAGCACAUCGCCGAGCUCGAGAGGGAACGCGGCGGGGGGAAGGGCAAGGGCGGCGUCAUCAGCGUGGGGCAGUGGGAGAUCCACCCGUGGUGUGCGCGGAGGGACAUUGUUGCGUGGUGUGCCCAACGGGGCGUUGCUGUGGAAGCGUACAGCCCGUUGGUCCGCGGGCAGCGGUUCGGGGAGCCGGUUCUCAAGAGGCUGGCGGAGAAGUAUGGGAAGAGCGAGGCGCAGGUCUUGGUCCGGUGGAGUCUGCAGAAGGGGUUCAUCCCGCUGCCCAAGAGCGUCAAUCCGGACCGUAUUCGGUCGAAUGCGGACGUCUACGACUUUGAGAUUGCGCCGGAGGAGAUGGACGAGCUGGAGACGGACGAGUACUCGUAUGUGGCGUGGGACCCGACUACUGCGUCGUUGGAUGAAUGAGUUUCUAUAAUGGAGCACCGGGUGGUUCCACGGUCCAGUGGAAGCGAGGGGGUCUACUAGCUGUUCAGUAUUGGUGGUCUGUUGUAAUGACCGAUAAUGUAAGAAUUGAAGGCGCUGCGCAACUUGUCUAGGACGUCUAGUACUACUACUAGUACUUACAGUACUAGUACAGUAAAUCCCACUUCGUCGACCUCCAAAGAUAUCCCACGGCAGAAAUAGCACAAAGACGAACAACGUGUGAAAGUAGGUGGGUCUUCCUCCACAGCACUCAUGCCACAUCCACAUCCAGACCAGUCCUCGCAAACAGCACCCUCAGCGGCACUAACUCAUC